GGUCUCAUGGUCGACAAGGCUGUUUCAUCACAGGACAAUUUGGUCAUUCUUGUUUUCCUUUGGUUCAAACUGUGUUCUGGUUUCUGCUUACAGAUAAGGAGUCAUGUACAAUUUUCACAGUUUCCAUGGAUUUUACUCCCCUGUGCUUCGUCUCCUUGUCAGCCAAUCUAUUAUCCUGAAGGCCAGCUAAUUUCAAAAGGUCUUCCUUUGGUUAUCAACGUUUCGCUUAACCAUACAGAGAAGCUUUGUGUCCUGAAGACAAAAGCUCGAUUGCUUAGUUUGUUGUAUUUGAAAUCUUACAUCUGUGCCAGUCAUUUCUUUGCAUUCCACUUCCUAGGACAACAAUAUAAGAAACUUGAAAUAUUGCUUUAAAUUUUUUUGCUUCUGCGGAAACUAUAGGAUCUUUUAAUUAUAUACAUCUUAUGCAUUAUGCAUCUCCGCGAUCAAAUCAUUACAGAACUUAUAUUUCACCCUACUAUUG